AAUCACCAUGCCAUCUUGUACGCCCCCUCACGACUCCACUCACGCAGACAAAUUCACCUUCUCGACCGACUCGUGGGUCGAAGACAAAGACAAGGUCGGCGACCUGACGCUCGCGCGCAUCCGCACGUCUCGCACGCUGUCAGGCGACAUCCAAGGCUCCGCGCUGGCAAUGUACAUCAUGUGAGCUACCCCGUCCCCCCUCUGACAACAGGACAUACUUCGGCCCGCCGGGCCCAGACGGGUGCGACGGCGCGUACGCCUCCUUCGGUGAGCCGUACGCGACGAUGCUGACGCAGACGGCGAAAUGGCUGUGCACGCCACGAUUGGCGGCAAGACGGGCUCGUUUGCCGUGCGCGCGACGGGGAUGUACGACGGCACGGUGCGGACGACAUGGGAUGUCGUGGAGGGCAGCGGGACGCGGGGGCUCGCGGGCAUCAAGGGGACCGGGGGAUAUUUCCUCCCCAAAGGCCACAAGGACGCGAGCGAGGCGGUGCUCGAGGUCGAGUUUGCGUCGUAGCAUGUAGCGCGAUGCCAUGUCCUGCGGCCACGAUGGCGGCGUCGAGAAAGGGGUGGAGG